AUGUAUAUUAAGGACAUAAUAUUGGACGGAUUUAAAAUUUAUGAAAAUAAAACAGUUAUUAGAAAUUUGACUAAAUCUUAUAAUGCAAUUACCGGAUUAAAUGGAUCAGGAAAAAGUAACAUUAUUGAUGGAAUUAUUUUUGCUUUAGGGUUAGAAAGUCGUAAAUUAUUAAGAGCAAAUUCUUUAAAAGAACUAAUUAAUGUUCAUCGAAGUGAUUGUAAAGUAACUUUAAUUUUAUCAAAUACAGAUAAAUCAAAAAGUCCAGUGGGAUACAAAGAUUUUAAUGAGAUUGUUAUAUCAAGAUCAAUUGAUAGCUUAGGGAAAACAAAAUUUUAUAUUAAUAAUCAUGUAUGUUCAGCAACGACAAUUAAUAAAUUAUGUGCAAGUAUGAAUAUAAAUGCUGAAAAGGGGGAAUUUUUUUUUAUUAUUAUGCAGGGACACAUUACAAAAGUACUAAAUAUGAAAAGUAAAGAAAUUGGAAAUUUAAUUGAAGAGACAGCAGGUACUAGAUCAUACGUAAAAGAAAAAGAAAAAGCAUUGUUGGUUUUAGAAAAAAAAGAAUCUAAAUUGAUCGAAGUUAGAGAUAUUUUACAGAAAAGAAUUUCUCCAUUUUAUUCUCGUUUGAGAGAAGAAAGAGAAGCAUAUCUUGAACAAAAAAAUUUGGAUCAACUCAAAAAAGAUGCUAUAAAUGAACAACAAGAAAUCAAAAAAGACUUAUUAGUGAACGAAGUCUCAAAAAAUAUUAAUAUUUUAAAGAAUUUAAUUGAGACUUUUGUCACAGAAAAGAAGCAACUUAUGCAUUUAGAAUCAAAAAUUGCAGAAUUACAGGAAUUUGAUUCUGAAGAUAAUGCAAUUGUAAUUAAAGAACUUUUAGACGAAGAAAAGUUUAAAUUAGAUGAAAUCAAAAAAAAUAAUUUUUUAAACAAAAUCAAUAAGUUAAAAGAACAAUUAAACAAGCUGAAAAUACCAAAAAAAAAUUUAAAUCUUCAAGAACUUAAGGCGAAAGAGGCCUUUUUACAAAAAAGUUUUAAGAACGAAGUAGGGAUUGGAGGUAAAGAUUUUGAAAUACUUGAAGAGCUAGAAAAUUUAAAAAUUUUAAAAACAAAAUUGGAAUAUAAAUGUCAGAGUUACAAAAAUUUGAAUUUACAAGACAUUGAUAAUAAGUUAAAUAAUAUUGAAAAGUUAAGAGUUAAUUUAGAAGAAUUUAAUAAUAAAAAAACACGAUUAAAUUAUCUAAAGACAAAGAUUAAUUAUCCUAUAAAAACAGGUAUCUAUGGAACUAUUGAUGAAAAUUUUACAAUUUUUGAUGAAAAAUAUAAAGAAGCGAUUUAUACAGUUAUGGGUGCCAAAUCUAAGCACAUUAUUGUUGAAGAUGAAAAUAUAGGCUCUGAAUUGUUAAAUUGUUCAGAUCGUAGAAUUAGUGUUAUCCCGCUUAACAAGAUUAGGUCAAAAAUUGUAAGUAAAAAUGUUAUUGAUUCAAUUAAAGAAGCAGAUGGUCUGCACAUGAUAGAUUUACUUAAAUUUGAUGUAAAAUUAAAAAAAGCAAUGGAACAUGUUUUUAAUGGAUUCUUUGUCUUUGAAAACAAAGAUAUUGCUAAAAAAAUAUGCUAUAAAUAUAAAGUUAUGUGCAUAACGUUAGAUGGAAGUGUUUAUGAUCCAAAAGGUACACUAACAGGAGGAAAAGUAAUUUAUAAAAACGAAAUUAUCAGCAGAUUAGAAAUUUUAAGCUUAUUAAAUGAAAUUAAAAAGGAAGAGCAAAAUAUACAAACCUUUGACAAAUUAAAGGAAGAAUAUGAACAAUUAAAAGUUAAUAAAAAUAAAUGUGCCGAAAAAGAGAAAAUUUUAGAAGAUUUGAAUCAUGUAUCAGUUAAAAUUAAGACAAUUACAGAUUUAAAGAACAAUACAGUAGAUGUAAGAAAAGAUUUAUCUGAAGUGCGUAAAAAUAUAAUUGAUGCGAUACAAGAAGAAAAUAUAGAAAAAGAAAUAGAAGAUAAAAAAAACAAAAUAUUAAUUGAGAUUAGUAAUUUAGAAAAAAAACAAAAAGAAAAUGAGGAUCUACACGAAGACUCUGUAAAUAAAAUAUUGAAAUUACAGGAUAAACUUGGAGAAUUAGAAAUCAAAACUAGUAAUAAAAGAUUAAGUGAACGGCAAGUUGAAGGAUUAGAGCCUAAACAGAAGUAUUUAAUUCGAUCAACAUCAAAAGUAAAAAAUAGAAUAUUUAAAAUUUCUUCUGAGAUCGAAGAUAUGUUGACGACGCUAGUAGAGCAACAUAACAACGCAGUAAGCAAUAACUCUUCGGUUCAAUUAUUUACGGAUGAAGAGGAUUAUAGGAUUUUUAAAUCAUUAGAAAUAAAUGAAGAUGUCUUUAAAUUUCUACAGUGUGAAAUAUCUGACGAAGAACAUAAAAAAAAGUUAGAUCGACUUUCUGAACUUAAUGCUAUUUUAGAAAAAUGUGCAGCAAAAAGGACUGUAAGAAUGGAUCCUUCAAAUUUUGAUUUAUUAGAGAAAAAUGAACUGUUAAUUCAAUCACUAAAGGAUAAAAUUAAACAACUUGAAAGUGAUAAACAUGCAAUAUUAAGUAGUAUAUCAAGCUUUGAUUUAUUAGGAGUUAAAGAGAAUGAGAAGGCAUUUAGACAUUUAAAUGAAAAAAUCGGUAUUUUUUUGCGGUACUUUUUCCAGGAUUCUAACGUAAAAAUUGACAAAGUAGGAGCAAUUGAUUACGAAUUAAAAGUAAAGAUAGGCAACUGGAAAGAAUCUCUUGCCGAAUUAAGUGGUGGACAAAGAAGUUUAGUGGCAUUAUGUAUAAUAUUUUCUAUAUUGACUUAUCGCCCCGCUCCUUUUUAUAUUUUUGAUGAAAUAGACUCUGCUCUUGAUUUAAGCUAUACUCAAAAUAUUGGAGAGAUAAUUAAGAAAGAGUUUUGCAGUAGUCAAUUUAUUAUUAUAAGUUUGAAAAAUGGAAUGUAUGAAAAUGCAGACAAUGUGUAUAAGGUAUUUUUAAAAGAUGGUAAAUCUAAUAUCUGCCAAAUAAAAUAA